UUUAGUUUUGCCUUUGUGGUGUUGGGGGAUGAAAUUUGUACUAUUUGUUCAAUCUCUUGGAUUAUUUCAUUUGUCUGUGCACAUGAGAGAUGCCCAACAGAGUCCUUUAAUGAUUUCCUAAAUUUAAACCACAACGUGUCACUGAGCCAGAUUCUCUUGUGUUAACGGUUGUAUUUUAACCUGCUGCUAUGUGAUUUGACUGUCAUGCCUUCUUAAAGCCCACUGUAUCCUUUUGAAGAAAAGGAUGAUGGAAUAAGAACCCUCCGUAACUGUGUUUGGUGACAGUUAGGUGUAAGGAAAAAGCAGCUAAUGGACACUUAAAUGAGGGAAAAGGAAAAUCUAUAUUCUGAGGUAAAGAAAGAGGCUCUCCUGCUUCUUAACACUAGUCUGAAACAGGUGGACGUUGUGGCUCGUCGCUUGAGGGGAAGGACUGUGCGCUUUUGACUGCUCUUGUGGAAGAUGCCUCUGAUAGCAGAGUUCCUCACUAUGGCUGGAGGCAGCAGCCCCGUUCUGGUGUUCCAAAUGGCAGCUCUGGCAAUGUUGGUAUCGGAACACAGUAUGCUGGAAAUCAUUUACCCACCUACCACAAAAUACCUGGAAGAAGGGGAGACCCUGAAUUUGAAUUGUCUCAUCAGGCAUCAACAGAAUCAGUCGUCACAAAUAGAGGCUCACUGGUAUAAAAAUGCAAAGCAGCAAAACGAGACUGGGUUUGGAAAGGGGACGGAAAGCUUGCACCUCUCACAAAACUCAGACCCCAAGGCGAAAGUCAUGUCCUCUCUGCUUCUGGAAAUUCAGAAAGUCGAGCAGUCAGACAGCGGCCACUAUCAAUGCAGGGCCAAAAUAAAGAAUACUCUCCUAACUGCUGUGGGGCACUUCAUUAGAGUGAAUGUAACAGGUGUGAGCGUUGUCAAUACCACAGAGAGGACAGAGGGAGACCUGGAACAGAACAAAGCUCCGAGGGUGGAUUCUGAGCUGGAGCAGAUGUGGGCUGUGAUCAUGAUAUCCUGGAUAAUUGUGUAUGUCAAAGCGAUUUUGCAGAAGGUGCAACUGAGCUGGAUUCCGGCCAACAUCCACAGAAGUCACCUGGCUCAGUAUCCAAUUCCCAGUCUUGCCAAAACAGGGAGCACUGAAUGAGCACAAACCCAUUGUUUUAUGGACUUCAGAUGCCUCCUGUAUGGCCUUUUGGGAAUAUCCAGUUGUGUGCUGAUGUGACAGAAGGUAUCUCGCAAAUUAAAUGCUGAGCCUGAGCUCAGGCAGUUGACUGAGAUGUGUGAAAGUCUCUCUCUUGGCCAGAUGACCUCUCAAUAUAACCUCUGAGAUGUGGUCUUGCAUUAGUCACUUUUUGAAUAAGCUUGUGUUUUAUUAAUUUGGAUUGGUACAUUUUGCUCCUGAACACCAGUAGAUUUUUUUCUUUUCGUUUCUUUUUUUUGUGUGUGUGUUUGUGUCUUUGUCUUUUUUUCCACCCAAGGACUUGUAUCAUGAAGAUCCUGUUCAAGAAGUCUGAGCUGCUUUGCUUAAAACAAGAUAAUAUUCCUGAGGCGCUGUGAGAACAUGUGAGACCAUUUUAUUGUGCAUGAUGAAUGUCUGGGAUUCACGUUGUGUUUCAUGGCACACUUUUCAAGGUUUCGGGGGACUUAUUUCUGGACUGGUUCAUUGGGAUUAUUCACUUUACCUCAUCUACCUCCUAGGUAGAGAAGAAGAAUUUCUUCCUGCCUUUUCUAGUCCUAGAAUUGAAAUUCUCUCGCAUCGAUUGUCAGUUCUUCCAGGUUUUGCCUUCAUUGAGGCAACUGAUUUCUUAGUGUUGUUUUUUUUGGAACGAAGAGAUGGUUUGUUUCCAGCCGUACUUUCUGGGACCUGCCUCCCAUGCAGGGAGGUUUUCUCCUCUGAAACAUCUUCUGACAUAUUUCUGGUCUAUCCUCUGUGCUCUCCAAUUUGCUGAGAAAGCUUGAGGCCCUUAUUCAACUCUCAGCAGCAUGAGCUCAAGUGGGGGGAUGCACAGGAAGCAGAAAUGAAGUCAGUGUCAACUCCUGUUCUGCAAACAAAAACCAAAACCAGGUACAAUGUUUUACCCUAAUGUGGGAUGUUUUGAUGUUUUAUCUAGUCUUUUAACAGUGUUGUGUCCCUCUCCCCUUUUCCAAGUAUUUAUGUAAAUUUACCUUUUGUCUAAGGGGUCCUCUCUUGGGACUUAAAAUUUGGGACCAAAUGGCAAAGCGAAGAUGGUUACAUCUGUAUCUGCUUCUGUGGUUAUUAAAGCUUGUCUGAUGAGUGCUUCUGACCUCUGCCACGUCAUUUUUCAUACUUGGGCACGUGUGUAAUGUUUUUCAAUGUCAAAGCAGACACAUAUCUUCUAAAUAAAUACGUGAAGUGAUCAUUUAUCUCCUCAUGGCUUUGCCAGGUAUCUGAUUGUUUAUCAGCUCUGAAGGGCUGCAGUUGCUGCUGCUUUGU